CGUUACCCAGAACUGAGACAGGGAAGCAGAACAGAGACUACAAGGACCUUACAGAAGACAGAAUAUUACAUACCAAAAAGAAAAGCCAUUUUCAAUACACCUAAAGUGCAUGAAAGCAACAGACAGGAAUGUCCCAUGCUGGGGGUUUUUGCUCCAAGAACAACCCAGAAAGCAAAAAGCCUUAUGAGACACCAGCACUCUCUGAGCUGCAGAGGCUGGUAUGGAACAGAGGAGGUUCUGACAAUCAUGUGGACCAAGUGUGGCCAAACCUCUACCUUGGAGAUGCAUGGGCUGCUAGAAGGAAAACGAUUCUUCAGAGCCUUGGCAUUACUCACAUCCUCAAUGUGGCAGAUGGGCCAUACAACAUCAAUACAGGAGCUCGAUAUUACAGAGACCAGCCAAUUCAGUACUAUGGGGUGCAAGCAUUUGAUGACACCUCCUUUGAUAUAAGCAUCUUUUUUAAUGAGGCUGCUGAUGUCAUACACAAAGCCUUAAACACUGGUGGAGGAGGUAAUUUAGUCAUAUUGUGGAACGAGAAGACAGCCAGCAUUGAGAAGAGAGCCAGUAUGAAGUGAUUAUUGUGGCCUGCCUAAGAUCUUGCUGCAUGGAUUUGGCACAGAGUUCUGUAUUUAUUUUUUCUCUUCCCUUUUUCUGUGUAUUAGUUUAACACCACUAAUGGAGUUUGCAUUUCUUGCCAACAGUAUUUAGUACCGAAAUUCUGUACUUUUGUCCAAAUUCCUUCAUCUGUUAUUUGCACCAUGAAAUUAAUAUUGGAGAGAUAGCUCUUUACUGGGGAAGCUUGAAGCAGAAGCUUUUUCAUGUUCCUGCUAUAAGAAUAAGGAUAUUAAAGACAUUGAAUAUUUCUAGCGUUUUUCUAGAUUUUUGGAUUUUAAUUUUUUUGUCUAUUUUGGAUUCUAUUCGUCCAUCAGCUUAAUAAACAGCAUUAUUAAUGGAA